AUGGCCGCUUUCAAGCUAGCUCUUGCAAGCGCCUUCCUUAUCCGUUUGAUGGGAUGGCUCCCUGUCCUCUCCGGGCUUACUGCCGCGAGUCUGACCAUCCCUCUCAAUCUCCACCUGUCACGAAAGCAACGAGACCAGAACUUUGGUUUGAUGCGAGUCCGAGAUUACAAAGCGCAUUUGCUGGCCGAGGCGCUAUUGGGAAUGCGCCAGAUCCGGUACUCGGCCCUUGAGGACUUCUGGGAGGACAAGAUCCUGGCAAGCAGAGACGACGAGCUCAAGCAGUACUGGAGAGUGGCACUCGGGAAAUGCCUAAUCUUCUUGACUGUUAAUAUUGCACCAUUGUUAUUAGCCAGCGUUGCCUUCACGGUGUAUGUAUGGCAGCAAGGAUCCCAUAUCAAAGCCUCAGUCAUCUUCACAGCCCUCGGCUUGUUUGACCAGCUGGACGACGCAGUGUCACUUCUACGAAAGGUACAGGUCAACCUACUUGAAGCGUGGGCAAGUGUCUCGAGACUGGACAAGUACUUUGGCCGUUUGGACAAGCAAGUGGUCACUAAGCCAGGGAGUCUGAUUGCUUUCGAGGACGCUACUGUAGCUUGGCCCCGACCUGAAGAUACUGACGAGGUCGGCGAUGCUCAAGCACCACCUCGAGGAGCACAUACCAUGCUCAAAGAUAUCAACGUGAAUUUCCCGCCCGGUGAGCUCAGUGUCAUUGCGGGCAAAACUGGUUCGGGAAAAAGUCUACUGCUCGCUGCAAUUUUAGGCGAAGUCAAGCUCAUAGCGGGUGACAUCUACGUUCCUUCUGCCCCGGAGCCUAGCGAAGACGAGAAUAUUUCGGACCAAGACUGGAUCAUACCCUCCCUGACGUGCUUUGUAUCCCAGACUCCAUGGAUUGAAAGCGGCACAGUCAGGGACAACGUUCUCUUUGGCCUCAAGUUCGACCACCUCCGCUACCGCAAGGUUCUCUGCGCUUGCGCCCUUGAGAAGGAUCUGCAGCUUUUGGCUGACGGUGACCAAACAGAAGUUGGACCCAAAGGCGUUUCGCUGUCCGGCGGACAAAGAUGGAGAAUAGCCCUCGCCCGCGCCCUAUAUUCGCGAGCGGGCAUUAUCGUGAUGGAUGAUAUCCUGAGCGCUGUGGAUACGCAUGUGAGCAGGCUGAUCGUGGGGGAGGCAUUGACGGGAGAGUUAGCCGUCGGAAGAACAAGAAUUCUUGCGACUCAUCAUGUCGAUCUUGUUCGCCCGUACGCGAGCUGUCUGGUGCGUCUGAGUAGCGGACGCCUCAAGUCUGUCGUGUACAAGGCUCCCGAAAGCCAGAACAUAAGACCUGCCACAUCAAUGCUCGAACCUGGGAGCCUAACGUGGACUCGGCCUGAUGGUAACGGAGCAGCCUCGUCCUCCAGUUCGACCGCGAGGGUUACAGAAAGGAGACAAACUGGCGAGGAGAAGAGAGCUGUUGGAUGGGUCAAAUGGGACGUGUACAAGGCAUAUUAUGAGGCCAGUGGUGGUGCCCUGAACUGGGCUCUAGGCAUGGCCGUGCUCUUUCUUGGUCACGUUCUGGGUAUCAUUCGUACAUGGAGUCUCAAGGAACUUGCUCAAAGGGCGUCAUCCGUUGAAGCAAAUUCACAGACAUCGUCUACAACCCAGUAUCAUCAAACAUACUGGCAAAUGACUUUUGGAUACGUUGCUGGCCAUCAUAUGCCUUGGAGUUCUAAGCUCUGUAUCCGCUUUUGGAUCUCGACAUAUGUUCUAGUUUGCUUCCUCGUCGGUGCGUCCCAACUCAUCCGCGAUAUUGCCUUCACUCUCAUCGGAAUGCGAGCUUCCAAGAAGCUAUUCGAACAGCUCACACAUACGAUCCUCCGUGCGCCUAUCCGAUGGAUUGAAACUGUACCAGCGGGCCGUGUAUUAAACCGCUUCAGUUCGGACAUGUCAGUCGUCGACAAACCGCUGGCCACCCCGACGUUUACGUUCCUACAAGCAGCCCUACUACUGAUGAUCAUCGUCGUGACAUGUUCCUCCGUCUCGCUAUACGUCCUCUUCUUUGUCAUACUCCUUUUUGCCCUCUACGUUUAUAUUGCAAACUACUUCAUAUACGUCGCGAGAGAGGUCAAGCGCCUCAAGUCCGUCUCCAACUCCCCAAUCUACGACCAGUUCAGCUCCGUGCUGUCCGGAUUAACGACCAUUCGCGCCUUUCAAUGCACUCAAUCGUACACCAACAACAUGUACCAAUUGAUUGACGCCAACAGCUCCGCAAACUGGGCACAGCAACUCUUGAAGAGAUGGAUGGGUUUUCGCAUGGGCAUGCUCGGCGCCAUCUUCGUCACCAUCGUGGCCAGUGUCGUAGCACUGGGUGGUGUAGGCGCUGCGCGCGCGGGAUUCAGCUUGUCUUUUGCCUUCCGUUACACGUCCGCGCUAACAUCUUUACUAGAGGCCGUGGCAGCGCUGGAAUUGGGGUUUAGCUCCUGCGAGAGGGUGUUGGAGUACAUCGAGGUUGAGCGUGAAAGCGAACAGGGUCUGGACGCCCCUGCAGCCUGGCCAGCGGAUGGGAACAUCAAAGUCGAAAAUCUCACGGCCUCGUAUGCCUGCGAUCUUCCUCCUGUCUUGUCCGAUCUCAGCUUGACCGUUGGAGCCGGCGAGCGGGUUGGGAUUGUUGGCCGGUCGGGCGCUGGCAAGUCGACGCUUGCCUCUGUUCUUUUCCGUCUUCUUGAACCCAGCAGAGGCUCGGUCCGCAUUGACGGCCUCGAUAUUUCGACAUUGAAGCUAAAGCAGCUGCGAAAAAGUCUCGUCAUUAUCCCCCAAGAUCCAUUCCUCUUCUCGUACGCAUAUGAAAUUGACUUGUUACACCUUUUGAUGUGGAUACUGAUGCAUUCCGUCAAUAGAGGCACCCUACGUUCCAAUCUAGACAUCGAAGGCCGUCUAGAUGAUAGCGAGAUAUACGACGCCCUACGUAGUGUCAACCUAAUUGGUUCAACCUACAACAACAUGAGUUACCCACCAUCUUUUUACACUCCGGUCAUGGGACCCAGCACGGCCGUCUCUACCCACCCAAACACGGCUACCACCACACCGCUCCUGGCACCGAUUGUUGUCCCCCAAACCGUUGACUUCACCGUCGAGCCCGCGGCCGAAGAAGUCGACAUGUUCGACGACAUCUACACAUUGGGUGACAACCGCGUCCAAAUUACCCCUUUCGUUCUCGACACCAGCGACAUUGACCCCCUCAACCUCCACACUUUUGAGUCACAUCCCGAAAAUCCAACACCCGUCACCUCCAUCCUCGAAGUCGAACAAACUCCCACAUCCGAGCCCGCAUACAUACUCGAACUCUCACCAACAGAAGAAGAGCCCAUAUCCCCACCUCCCGUAACCCUUCCAGCCCCUCUGCUCCCUCUUCCCCCCUCCCCAGCCAUCUCCGCCACAACCACAGCUACCAACGACACCGCCCCCGAUAGCCACCGCAUCAACCCUUUCACCAACCUCUCCCACCCCAUCAUCACAGGCGGGUCCAACCUCUCGCAGGGCCAGCGACAGCUCGUCUGCCUCGCGCGCGCUUUGCUUACCCGCCCCAAGAUCAUGGUUCUGGAUGAGGCCACGUCGGCCAUUGACCAAGCGACCGACGCAGCCAUCCAGCGUUCGCUGCGCAAGUGCGUUGAGAGUACCGGCACCACGGUGCUGGUGAUUGCCCAUCGGCUGUCGACGGUGGCCGACUUUGAUAAAAUCCUUGUGUUGGACAAGGGGCGGGUGGUGGAGUUUGGGGCGCCGCGAGAGCUGGUGGGGAGGGGGAUCGAGAGGGAUAGGGAGAGGCAUAGACAGGAUGAUGGUGGUGAUGGUGGUGGCGCUAGUGAUCACGGUGCGAGGCUAGCGGAAAGAAGUGUUGGUAGUAAUGACUAUUUUGGUGAUGACGAAUGUUCGGAGGAGGACAUGGAAGAUGCAGAUACGAGUACGUUUUGGGGGCUGGUGAAGAAGAGUACGGAACGGAAUAGGUUGGUGGAGAUGAUUCUGGGGGAAGGUCACUAA